AUGAACAACAAGGGAUCAGAAACUUUGUUCCAGGCCAGCGCCAAAUGCAAACUUCGCCUGGUGCGCAUGCUUGUGGAGGGAGGCACAUCUGUGAAUGUACGAAACGAACGCCUCGAAACACCGCUAAUGUUGUGUUGCCAGUCUAAAACAGAUCCGGACGAGAAACGACGAGUUGUGGCGUAUUUGCUGAGCAAAAAGGCUAUGGUAAAUUUACAAGAUAUUGACGGACGUACGGCUCUCAUUCAUGCAUGUCUCUCAAAUUCUGGCAAAGAAGUUAUCCAAGCGUUGCUAGAUGCUAAGAGUAAUCCAUGGGUACAGGAUUUAAGCAAAAAUACAGUAUUCGACUACGUAAUAAACGCAGCAGAUUUGGAAACAACGAGACUACUGAUAAACGCUUGCCGUGAGAAUAUGCUGGCAGGAGAACGCAAUGAAGCGCAGAUGGUACAGUUGGAAGAGUGUCUGGUUAAUAUGCAGGACAUCCGCAAAUUUUCUUGGCCUUUGACGGGUCAUACGCUCCGCAAAAAUCGUACAAUAUUAUACGCGGCUGAAAAAGAAGAGCCUUCUUUCCCUUGCAAUAAUCUACUAGGCUCCGAUUUAGGGAACGAAAUCCGCAGCAAUUCGCCACAAAUUGAACGGAGAAGAAAGCGCUCUGUAUGCCACUUUGAUCCUCUCGACAUAGAAGAGAUAUUAAAUUGCAACGAAGAUGCUAAAGAGAAAAUGGAAAAAAGAGAGAGCAAAGACGGGAAUCAAAGCCAGUCAAGAAAAACGUCGGUACGCUCACUGUCUGAGGAAGAAAAAUUUAGCUUUCAGAUUUCCGACGGAGAGAAUACACCACGUGGUCCGUCACCUGGGUUGGAGAAGCUUCUCAGGAUACAAGAUUCAUUUUGCUCUUCACUCGACUCUAACGAGUUUCCGUGCACCACAAAUGAUUCAAAGGAACACCUUACUUGCUCCAGUUCUGUGGAUGAACAAGUUACUAACUUACUUCAAGAGAAUAAAGGUGCUAAAAUUUCGUCCCAGAUGGACAACAAUAAAACUAAAGGUGAAACUGUCAGUUUAGGGUCGAGUGACGAAAGACAAAGUUUUAACAAUGACUUUAAAACAGAAGAAACAAAUAAUGAAUAUCAACUCCUAUUUACGAGACGAACAUCUCCGCAUAAAGACCAAAGUUUCGCUUCGGACGGCGAAGAGAAAAACAAAAAUCAACGCCAGGUGAUGAAUAACUCUCCAAUACAUAACAGCAAAGAGGUUUUGGAAAACAUAGAGACCCAUUCAAAUCCAUACACAUCUCUCGUGAAAAGUCGGCAGUCAUCACCUACUAUAAGUCCAUUAUCGUCUCCUCGGUUGUUUCGUCGUGAAACGCAAACUUCAGUAACAGUAAAGCAAACUAUAACUCAUCGGGCCUCGCCAGUGACCCAUCCCGCCGAUCAAGAUCGAAGGCAAGUGUCAAUAGUCCGGAGAUAUACCCUGUCCGCAAUGGAUACGAAAAAGCUUCAUGGGUCAGGUGUUGGCGCCAAGACUCUGUUAGCGCCCCCGCUACAACCUGCACCGUUAGAACCUAAUAAGAGAACAGGGUCAGCGGUGUUUGAAUCCACGACCAGAGAGGGUGUUGGGAAGUCCACCCCUCCAGGACUGCGGAAGAGCAAGAGUGAUAUGUCAGACUGGAAAUCCAUGUCACGCGAUCUUCAAGGAACAGAUUUUCUAGAAUUUGCACCACCGCACCAUGUAACAAGCAAUCAAAGUGCAAAGCCAUCAAGUGAUAAUAAGUUGGAAGGAAGUGAAAAUACGCAGUUUCAAUUACCUAGUAUAUCUUCUGUCAAAAAAGGAAGGCACUCGCCCAAAGAACUCGCCAAUCAAAUGGCAAUUGUUACUUCUGCUUCGGACAAUAAACAGUCCAACUUUGAAACCAAGGUGGAAUUAGCUCCCCUUCAUUUAAAAAACAACGCCGAUAAACAGCGCUUUUCUCUCCAUACAGGUCAAGAAUUUCCCUUUGCAGACGACUUUCAAAGGCGUUCACCGAUAUCAUGUCGGUCUUCCCUUUCAUCAUCACCAAGCAACUCCUUUGACAAGAGCGAUAUCGUUGCCAUGGCGACAUUGACAGAUCUCUCUUCGAAGAGUUUGGACAAGGUAACCGGAGAUGUCCUUCCCGAUCUUCUUUUGAACUGUCCUUAUGAAGGGGAUUCUUCAAAGCAGGGCAGUGUGACGACCCAGACUUCCACAACACUUAAAGACACUACGUCACGUUCAAAUUCGUCUGAGGAACGCAGUGUCGCGGGCUCAUCUCACGGUCAGCAGCGAACUAGCCCCAGGCUUCGCCCAGGGACACUAUUGCCACAGUUACUCAUUUCAAACAGGCGAUCGCCAACACAUGAAAUAGAGGAUGGAUACUUCUCCUGUUCACCUUCGCCCGCGGACGUGGAAAGCCCGAGACGAAAGUGCAGCAACGAACAACUACGUUACUCAUUUAAACCGAUAUCUCCUCGUUCACCCGUUCCUGCUUCAAAGUGCUUUUAUUCGCAGUGGGGGAAGCAGCCUACAUCUCGUUAG